AUGCACGCCCUCCAAAGCCUCUACUACUUUUUGUUCGCCGUCAGCGUGGUUGCGGUCCCCGCGGUCCCCAACAACCCUUUCAGCGGAUCCUCGACCCUCGAAGUCCGUGCCGUCCCGGUCUCGUCCCAGACAGUCGAGGCCCGCGAAGUCUCUCACAACCCUUUCACAACCGGGCUAGUCAAAGCCCGUGCCGUCCCGGCCUCGUCCCAGACAGUCGAGGCCCGCGACGUCUCUCGCAACCCUUUCACAACGAGAGUAAUCGAAGCUCGCACCGCUACCCACAACGGUCCGGUCACGCCCGCGCCAGCGCCAGUCGAAGCUCGUGACGCUCCGCAGAUUUCUCUCUCUACCUCGGCUCUUGAGGCCAGAGACACACCGGGACAACCUGCCCUUACCGCGCCUCUUGAGCCCGAGCCCAUCGACCCCCCGCCCACCACUGCUCCUGCCCUGGCUCUUUGA